AUGACCAAAAUCGAUGGCUGGGGAUCUUUGGAGGCCGAGGGAAAAAUAUUCAUAAUGACGAAGCCUCAACACGACGCUACCUUCUCAACGCAUGAACAAAAUCGAUGGCUGGGGAUCUUUGGAGGCCGAGGGAAAAAUAUUCAUAAUGAUGAAGCCUCAACACGACGCUACCUUCUCACGCAUGAACAAAAUCGAUGGCUGGGGAUCUUUGGAGGCCGAGGGAAAAAUAUUCAUAAUGAUGAAGCCUCAACACGACGCUACCUUCUCACGCAUGAACAAAAUCGAUGGCUGGGGAUCUUUGGAGGCCGAGGGAAAAAUAUUCAUAAUGAUGAAGCCUCAACACGACGCUACCUUCUCACGCAUGAACAAAGUCGAUGGCUGGGGAUCUUUGGAGGCCGAGGGAAAAAUAUUCAUAAUGAUGAAGCCUCAACACGACGCUACCUUCUCACGCUGACCAAAAUCGAUGGCUGGGGAUCUUUGGAGGCCGAGGGACAAAUAUUCAUAAUGAUGAAGCCUCAACACGACGCUACCUUCUCAAUCGCAUGA